CAAAACAAAAAAGGAUCUUGCAUGAGUCAAUCCCAGGAUGCCACUUUUACAGCACUGAUGGGUGAAGAAAACCUCAUGAAUAUCAAUCACAGAGACUCAGAGAGCAUUACCGAUGUCUGCUCCAAUGAAGAUGUCCCUGAAGUUGAGCUUGUAAGCCUGCUAGAAGAACAACUACCCCAGUAUAAACUCAGAGUGGACUCUCUCUUUCUUUAUGAAAAUCAAGAUUGGACUCAGUCCCCUCACCAGCAGCAACAUGCAUCUGACACCCUCUCUCCAGUACUUGCUGAAGAAACUUUCCGUUAUAUGAUUCUAGGCACAGACAGAGUGGAGCAGAUGACCAAAACUUACAAUGACAUCGACAUGGUUACACAUCUCCUGGCAGAGAGGGAUCGUGAUCUGGAGCUAGCUGCUCGAAUUGGACAGGCUCUCUUAAAGAGGAACCAUGCCUUGUCUGAGCAGAAUGAAACCCUGGAGGAGCAACUGGGACAAGCCUUUGAUCAAGUUAAUCAACUGCAGCAUGAGCUGUCCAAGAAAGAUGAGUUGCUUCGAAUUGUCUCCAUUGCUUCUGAAGAGAGUGAAACUGAUUCCAGCUGCUCUACACCUCUUCGCUUCAAUGAGUCCUUUAGCUUAUCUCAAGGUUUGCUGCAAUUGGACAUGCUGCAGGAAAAGCUCAAGGAACUGGAAGAAGAGAAUAUGCUUCUUCGAUCCAAGGCUUGUCACAUAAAGACAGAAACUAUUACCUAUGAAGAGAAAGAACAACAGCUUGUCAGUGAUUGUGUUAAAGAACUUCGUGAAACCAAUGCUCAAAUGUCCAGAAUGACUGAAGAAUUGUCUGGGAAGAGUGAUGAACUGAUUCGAUACCAAGAAGAGAUUUCCUCUCUCUUGUCUCAGAUUGUAGAUCUUCAGCACAAACUUAAAGAACAUGUGAUUGAGAAGGAAGAACUGAGACUUCACCUCCAAGCUUCCAAAGAUGCCCAAAGACAAUUGACGAUGGAGCUGCAUGAGUUACAAGACAGGAAUAUGGAGUGUCUGGGAAUGCUACAUGAAUCUCAAGAAGAAAUAAAGGAACUUCGCAGUAGAUCUAGCCCUGCAGCUCAUCUCUACUUCUCUCAGCCAUAUGGAGUUUUCUCUGGGGAAUCUCUGGCAGCUGAGAUUGAGGGGACCAUGCGUAAGAAGUUGAAUUUGGAUGAGGAAUCUUCUCUCUUUAAACAAAAAGCCCAACAGAAACGGGUAUUUGACACUGUCAAGGUUGCCAAUGACACCCGGGGUCGCUCUGUCCCAUUCCCAAUUCUGCCCAUCCCAGGCUCCAACCGCUCAAGUGUCAUCAUGACAGCAAAACCAUUUGAAUCUGGCUUAGAACCAACAGAGGGCAAAACAACCCAGAAGAGUAACUUGGAGGAAGAUCCAGGGAACAUCCAGAAGGCAGAUCAACCAGGACCCUCUACAGAGAGCGAUUUGGCAACAGCACUUCAUCGCCUGAGUCUGCGGCGACAGAACUACUUAAGUGAGAAGCAGUUCUUUGCAGAAGAAUGGCAGCGGAAGAUCCAAGUUCUGGCUGACCAGAAAGAAGAGGGUAGUGGCUGUGGCACGCCCACAGAGAGCCUGGCCUCCCUCUACACCGACCAAUCAGAGAUCACAGACCUAAGCAGUGCCAGUUGCCUUCGAGGUUUUAUGCCUGAAAAAUUACAAAUUGUCAAGCCCCUUGAAGGAUCACAAACUCUGCAUCAAUGGCAGCAACUUGCUCAACCAAAUUUAGGAACCAUUCUUGACCCACGACCAGGUGUCAUCACUAAAGGCUUUACCCAGUUGCCCAAGGAUGCCAUCUAUCACCUCUCAGAUUUAGAAGAAGAUGAAGAGGAGGGUAUCACUUUUCAGGUUCAGCAACCUCUUCAAGUGGAACAGAAAACAUCAAUAUCCCAGCCAGUAACAGGAAUCUUCCUGCCACCCAUGACUUCAGCUGGUGGUCCAGUUACAGUUGCAACCUCAAACCCAGGCAAGUGUCUGUCCUGCACAAACUCGACAUUUACCUUCACCACCUGUAGGAUAUUACAUCCCUCUGAUAUCACUCAGGUUACCCCCAGCUCUGGCUUCCCUUCCUUAUCCUGUGCAAGCAGUGGUAGCAGUUCAUCAAACACGGAGGUGAAUUCUCCCGCCGUGUCCUACAGGCUCAACAUUGGUGAAUCUAUCACUAACCGACGAGAUUCUACCAUAACCUUCAGCAGCACCAUGAGCUUGGCCAAACUUCUUCAGGAGCGAGGCAUCUCUGCUAAAGUGUACCACAGCCCAAUUUCAGAGAACCCUCUCCUGCAGCCUCUCCCUCGAGGCCUGUCUACCCCUUCCACACCACCAAAUUCACCAUCUCAUUCACCUUGCCCUUCUCCUGUGCCCGUGGAGCCUCAAGUGCAUCUCUCUGAAAAUUUUUUGGCCUCCCGACCAGCGGAAACAUUCCUCCAAGAGAUGUAUGGCCUGAGACCAUCCCGAAACCCUCCUGAUGUUGGCCAGUUGAAGAUGAACUUAGUGGACAGGCUGAAGAGACUGGGGAUAGCCAGAGUGAUCAAGACCCCCCAGGCCCAGGCAAAUGGAAGAAGCCAAAAAGCAGAAAAUGGUCUUCAAAGACCAAACUCUGCUGUCUAUUUAAAUUCAGGGAGCAAUUUACUGAGUGGACUGAGGAGGAAUCAGAGUCUUCCAGUCAUGUUGGGUAGCUUCAGUACCCCAGUUUGCACAUCAUCCCCCAAAAUGGAUAUCCUGAAGGAGGAUUGA